GUGGAGCAAAGCAGGUAUCCCUGUUAAGACAGAGGAGAAUAUACGUGCUGGUAUACAGAAGCUAUACAAUGAAUUCCAAAAUCUAGGUAAAGAGAAAUCUAGAAACACCGAUGAAGCUAACAUGAAACGGCAGAUUUGGAAAGGUGAUCUUGCGAGUUAUUUGACAUUUCCUGGCAAAAUGUAAUGGAAAUGACAAGCUUAUCGGAAGAAGAUAAAGCAUUUCUUAGAUCACAAAGAGAAGACCAAAUAAGUUCAUCAAUGACUGGAGUAGACAAGGUUGUCGUUUCCAAAAUAAGAACUAAAUGUUUAAAAAAAGACAAAAAUGAUUUAUAUAAGAAUAAACAUUACAGAGCUAUAGCUCAAAUGAAUAAGACAGUAAUACUGGAUGACGUAUCUUCAUCAUCAUCAUCCGCACCUAGUGACGACGAGGACGAAUGUUUGCCUCCAGCAAAGAAAAAACUACUUUUAAGUCCUAGAUUAAAACUUUUGGAUCAAACACUCACGUCUACUUGGGAUCGAGAAUAA